GAAGAGCAGCUGGAGAGCUGACAGACACACCGAGUCCUGCUGCACUCUCAGGUUUGGCCUCACAACGCCUGCCGAAGUUGGGGGGCCACAGCAGCAUAUUGAAUAAAGUCACGUCGUCACUUCUUGGGACAUUGGGGACAUAAACAGACUGACGAUGGCUGAAGCCCAGCUGUUUAUAUCACAGGACGAGUUCAUCUGCUUGGUGUGUCUGGACACCCUGACUGACCCUGUCACCAUCCCCUGUGGACAUAAUUUCUGUCUGAAGUGCCUCACGGACUACUGGGAUCAGAGCCAAGUGUACAGCUGUGCUCACUGCAGACACACCUUCACCACAAGGCCUGAACUGAAGAGAAACACUCUGCUAAAUGAAGUCGUCAAGAAAUUAAAGAAGACAACAAUCAGUCCUCCAUCUCAGAAUUAUGCUGGCCCUGGAGACGUGGAGUGUGAUUUCUGUACUGGGAAGAAGUUCAGAGCGGUGAAGUCCUGUCUGACCUGCAUGGCUUCCUACUGUCAGACUCACCUGCAGCUUCACUAUGAAGGAGAUGUCUGGAAGGGACAUAAGUUGGUUGAUCCUGACAGAAAUCUGAAGGAGAAACUCUGUGAGAAACAUCAGAAAAGUCUGGAGAUAUUCUGUAAAACUGAUGAGAUGUGUAUCUGCUUGAUGUGUGGAAUGACCGAACAUGAUGGUCAUGAAAAGGUCGAACUGGAGACGGAAAGAGAAGAAAAAGAGAAACAGCUGAGGGCAACACAGAGUGAAAUUAGGAGGAGACUUGAAGAUAAAGAGAAGAAACUGAAGGAGACAAGGAGGGCGAUGGAGGAUAUGAAGAUCUCUGUGGAAAGAAUGAUGGGGGAAAAUGAGAAGAGCUUCACAGAUCUGAUUCACUGCAUUGAGGAAGCCCACAAGAAACUGACUGAGAGGAUCACAGAACAAGAAAAGAGAGAAAUGGAGAAGGCUGAAGAAGUCAUGGAGCAACUGAAGAAGGAGAUUGAGGAGCUGAAGAGGAAAGAAGCUGAACUGAAGGAGCUUUCAGAGACCAAGGACCUUCUCCACUUCCUACAGACUUUGUCAUCUCGUUGUGUCCUUCCUGCUGAUGGAGACUCGCUCAGCUUCACUGUCACCACCGAUUUCUCUUCUGAGGACCUUGUAAAGGAGCUGUCAUGUCUGAAAAAGAGUCUGGAGAAGAUCAGUGAACAGGACAUCCUGCUAUUGACUCCAUCAGGUCAUGAAGCUCCAGUCUUCACCCUACGGCCUCCUGAACCUCAGAGCAGAGAGGAGUUUUUACAAUACUUCUGUCCCCUCACACUGGACAUCAACACGGCACACAGAGGCCUCCGUCUGUCUGAAGGGAACAAGAAGGUGACAUAUGAGGGGACAAAAGCCAAAUAUCCUGAUCAUCCUGAUAGAUUUGACUGCUAUUUCCAAGUUCUGUGCAGAGAGGCUCUGACUGGGACUCGCUGUUACUGGGAGGUGGAGUGCAGUGGAAAUGGUGUGGUGAUUGGAGUCGCAUAUAAAGGACUGGGAAGGAAAGGACAGGGUAGAAAGUGUGGCAUUGGAAGGAACGACAAGUCCUGGUGUUUGCUGUGGUCUCAUUCCCAGUACUCUGUGUGGCACAAUAACCAGCAGACUGUAAUCAGCGCCCCCUACCGCCCCAGAAUAGGUGUGUAUCUGGACUGGCCUGCUGGCUCUCUGUCAUUUUAUAGCGUCUCACACACAAUGACCCUCCUGCACAGGUUCAACACCUCCUUCACUGAGCCCCUCUAUCCAGGGUUUAGGUUUUAUUUUGGUCUUCACUCCAGUGUAACAAUCAGAAAUCUGACACCAUGUGACCACUGGCCAGUACCCUCCACCAGUCACUUGAUGUCCCCACAAGCUCAGGUCCUCUUUGUGUUUGUAGUUUGGGGUGAAAUUAAAUUUAAAAGAUUGGUGAGUUGGGGGGGCAGCAACUCUGUGAGUGAAUUUGUGGAUGAGAAUGUGGGGCGAGUGCAACUGUUAGGGUCUCCAUUAUUAUUGGGUUUGAGUAGCCAAUCAGGUGUGUGUGUCAUAAUGAGGGGCGGAGACAUCUCAGACCUACAAAUACCAGUGUGACCAGCAGGGGUCACUGUUGAUUCACAGCCACAUGUCCUUCAGGCUGACACCCCAACAACUACUGAGGCCCCCAAGUGUCACUGAAUGUCACCUGUUAAGUAGGACAGGCAUGUGGUCCUGCUGGAUCAGCACAACUGAAAGGCGCUAUACAGACUCAGUAUGGAGAGCUCUUGAAUAGUGACUAUAUGUAGGAGCAGAG